GUGAUGCGCUGUUGGGAGUUGCGCGGGAGCUGUCCGGACCGCUAUUUGUCUUGGACUCGCAGGGGGAGGCCAUGAACAGUGAUGAUUUCGCCCAGCUGCUACUGGACACGCUGCGCGAGACGACUCGGGCGUCCUUCGUCAUCGGAGGGGCCGAGGGCCUGCCUGAGCCGCUGCGGCCUGGGAACGAAUCCGAAUUGGGCCGUGUAGCCAGGCACCUGUCCCUUAGCCAGAUGACCUUUCCACAUCGACUGGCUCGGGUACUGCUCCUGGAGCAGAUCUUCCGGGCACGCGAGCUUGUUGCAGACUCGGGCUACCACCGCUGA